UUAAAGCAGACGAUAAAUAUAUUGAUAAAAAACAUAUAUUGACAAUACAUAUAAACAUAUUGUAUGUAUACAAUUGUCAAAAGUCACGUGACUCUCCCACUUCCGUGUUGAUGGAGUAUUUUACAAUUCAAAAACAUUGAGAGUAAUGGCAGCUGAUGUAACAAUAUCGCAACGAAUUGUUAAUUGUUGAAUAUUUACAGAAAUGGAAUCAUUUCUAGCAUUAUUUGAUGCUGAUGAGAGCACAAAUAAGAGAAAAAGUUCUUGUGAUAAGUUUCAUAACAAAGGAUCAUCAGAUUGUGACAAUUUUGUGAAAGAUGAUGAAAAUCUUGACUCUCUACCUCCAGAACCUGAACAUGGAAAUAUUGAGUAUAAAUUAAAACUUGUUAAUCCUUCAAAUCAAAGGUUUGAACAUUUAGUUACCCAAAUGAAGUGGCGGCUAAAAGAAGGCCAUGGAGAAGCAAUCUAUCAAAUAGGAGUUGAAGACAAUGGAAAAUUAACAGGAUUAUCAAGAGAUGAUAUGAAAGCAUCUCUAAAAACACUAAAAGAUAUGGCUUCACGUUUAGGAGCUACAACAAGAGUUUUAAGAGAACGAAUGGCUAAUACUAAGUCAAAAUCUAGCAAUAAUGAUUGUAAUAAUGUAGAAAUUAAGAAGAUAGCUGAAGUUAUUGUUAAAAAAUUACGAAAAAGUGAUAGAGAAGGUCAAGAUGUAAUUGAUUUACGUUUAGCAGUUGUUGGAUCUCAAGAUGCAGGAAAAUCUACACUUCUGGGAGUAUUGACACAAGGAGAAUUAGACAACGGAAGAGGGAGAGCACGACUUAAUAUGUUAAGACACUUACAUGAAAUAAGGACAGGCAGAACAUCAUCUAUUUCACACGAGAUUAUUGGAUUUGAUGAUGAUGGUCACCUGCUUAAUUACUCGGAAAUGACGACAGCUGAGGAAAUUUGCGAGCAUGCAUCCAAGGUUGUGACUUUCAUUGAUUUAGCAGGACACAGGAAAUAUUUAAGGACAACAUUAUUAGGAUUAAUGGGAUAUUCGCCUCAUCAUGUGAUGCUUGUUGUUGCGCCACCAUUAAAUGAAGCAGCUCAAGAACAUAUGGCUCUUUGUCUAGCACUUAGACUACCUUUUUUUAUUGUUGUGACGAAAAUUGACCUUGGAUUUAAUGAGAGGCAAAUGAUAAAUCAACUAGAGAAUGCCGUUAGAAGUCAAGGAUACAAUAAAGAAUUAGUUUUAUUUAAUAGUAUUUCAAAAAGCAAUGAAAAUAGUUACAAUAAUAAUACUAAAUUAUCACCAGGCUAUGAUAAUUGUAUUCCUGUCUUCACAGUAAGUUCAGUAACAGGAGCUGGAUUAGAUGAAUUAAUAAGAUUUAUUAAAGACUUAUCACCAGUUGAAUUAUCGGCUGAUGAAUCUAAUUCUGGAUCUUGUCUCUUUCAAAUUGAUGAAACUUUUAAAGUUGCUGGACUUGAUGAAACAGUUUUAGGUGGUCUCCUAGUAAAAGGAGCUAUUUCUCCUGGAUCUAGACUACUAGUUGGACCUCUUCCUGAUGGUGUAUUCAGUCCAGUCCAAGUCGUUAGUCUUCAUAGAAAUAAAACUCCUUGCUGUCUUGUAAGAGCAUCGCAAAGUGCGAGUCUUACUCUUGCUCCCUCAACUAAUCGUGAUACUCUACCUCAUCUAAGACCUGGAAUGGUUUUAGUAUCGAUAGGAGAUCAUCCUCGAGCAACAGUAUUUUUUCAAGCUACAGUACUGGUAGUUUAUCAUGCAACAGCGAUUUAUCCAGGAUUUCAAGCAACAGUUCACGUUGGGAAUGUUAGACAAACGUGUGUUAUAGAAGGAAUAAUGGAUAUGAAGGAAGAUGGACUACAAACGAAUGAUAAAGCAUCCGUUUUAUUUAGAUUUGUGAGUCAUCCGGAAUAUCUUCAUGUUGGAAUGCGACUAUUAUUCAGAGAAGGCAGAUCUAAAGGAAUUGGAAAGAUAACUCAAGUAUUUCCCUUAGAAUGGCUAUCCAAAUAAUUUGAUCAACACUAAUUGAAUACGUGUGGGAUUUCUCAAUAACUUAUAGUCUUAAAAUUUUUCGAGUUUUUAGUUAGACAUUUUUUUCGUUUCUCUGCUCAUAAAAAGGAAUGUAUAUAACAGAAAUUGAAGUAUUUAUAUAUGAUUGACGAUAAUAAUUUACAAUAUCCAGAAUAUUGUAAAUAUAUCCUUCAAAAAAUGUGUUAAAUUUAAUGUUGAUAUUUAAAUCAACGUAUUUUAAAAGAGUUAUGUGGUAGUAUAUAAUAUUUUUCUAACAUAGAAGUGUAAAUAUAUGCAUAUCCGAGAUGUUGAUAUGUAAGAAAAAAACAAAUAAAUAUCAAUAACUUUAUCAAAAUAUAUAUGAUUAUGUAUAUUGUCACUACAGACGAAAAGUAAUGAAAUGGAAUUGUUAUGAACACCGAAUAAAUGAAUAAAUCAAUUUAUUUUCGAAUGACCCGAUCCGGCCAAACGAUUGGUUCAAUCCAAUCAACAAAAGAAUACACGGAAGUAUAAAUUGCAGGAACUGGACUACCACAACUUUGUCCGAAAGAAAUAACUCCAAUAAUACUAUCUGCUAAACCAGCAAGCAUCAGAAGAGGACCUCCAGAAUCACCUUGACAUGCAUCUGCUCUUCUUGUCGUAUUUCCAUCAAUAGCACAUAUUACAUUGUCAGCUAAACCAUUGGGUAAUUGUCUAAACCCAGCAUAAGAUGUAGAACAUUUACUUCUGGGUACCAAUCUGUAAUUAAUUCAAACUUAUAAUAAUUUUCAUUUAAAUUUACAUGAUAUAACAAUUACAUUAAAUCUGGAGUUUUCAUCAAUUUAUUGGAAGAAUCUUCAUAAAUAUCAGUAGCACCCCAGCCAGCGACAAUAAAGUGUGCAUUUUUGGGUGGUUUUUCUUCAUUAAUGGAUUUUGUUUGAAGACAAAUCGGCUUUACAGUUUUUGUCCAUUUUACUGGUGAUGAUAAUUUCAAGAGUGCAAUGUCAUUAUAAUAUUCAUUUCGCCUAUAAUCUGGAUGUGGAAUUACUUUACUUAUUCGAACUAAUUGAACAGUAUCUGAUUCUGAAUCCAAUUCUAUAGAACCCAUUCUGGCCUAAAAAUAUUCAUUAAUAACUUUGGGAAAUUUAUUAUAAGAAGACGUCACAAAUUAAUGAUCAUACCACAACAGGAACAUCUUCAUUGAUAUUACUGACGCAAUGAGCAGCAGUUAAAACGAAUUUAGAAGAUAUUAAAGUUCCUCCACAAGAAUAUCUAUAUUGAUUUCCGCUUUCGUUGUUACUAUCGUUAUAUCCCAACGCUACCAUGUACGGGAAUUCUUCAGAUUCGGCUUCGAUUCCAGCUAAAACAUGAUAAUUUACGGUCUCUUUGUUUGGAUAGUAGACUUCAUUUUCAUAUUCUUGACAAACUGAAAAUUAAAAAUUACAUAAAAAUAUAUAAUUAAUUCAUUAAA